CAGAGCUAGAACGUGUGCUCAGAGACUGCCUGUCAAUGGGAGGAGGACGCAGACGGACAGAGCGAGAGAGAAAGCGAAAGAGAGAAAGAGAGAGUGAGAGGGGAGAUUCUACAGCAGUUAAUUAAGGAUCACUCUGUAUGUGCCUGUAAACGCAAAGAGGCAAAUCUAUUCUGUGUCAGUGCCAGGGUCUCCUCGAGGGAAUACAGUGAUAUUUCAAAGGAGGAAAUGGCAAGGCUCUAAAUCUGUUUCAGUCUCUGUGCUCAUUGUUGGUCGUCCUCAGACAAAGUGAAGGAGGGCAAGCCGUGAAGUGUCAGAGGAGUUUGGGAGUCUCGACACCUAAAUCAAGGAUAAAGUUGUGGGGGGGAUUCACAUCAGCUUCGGGAUGGAUGGAUUUAAGAUAAUGUGAUAGAAUAAUAAUUUACUCUACCAGGAUUACGAGGAUCUUUACUCAGCAGAUGUGUGCUGUCAUGUCCUGGCUGCUUUGCCUGGUCCUCUGGGUCAGUGGGACAGCCAUCCAGCUCUGCCAGGCCACCUUCUAUGAGACCAUACAGCUACAGCCGCACCAUGUGACACGGCCUGGAAGGACUUCCAUUCACAUGAUUGAAGGAGGAACGUGUGAAGUGAUUGCGGCUCACAGAUGUUGUAAUAAGAACAAGAUUGAGGAGCGGUCCCAGACGGUCAAGUGUUCCUGCCUACCAGGGAAGGUGGCAGGGACCACCAGGAACAGACCCUCCUGUGUUGAUGCAUCCAUAGUGAUUGGUAAGUGGUGGUGCGAGAUGGAGCCCUGCCUGGAGGAUGAAGAGUGCAAGACGCUGCCUGACAACUCAGGCUGGAUGUGUUACACUGGGAACAAGAUCAAAACCACCCGGAACACCCAACAACCUGCAAGCAAAGAAUUCCUCUAACUUUAGAUGGGCCAACUGCAAAGAUCAAUCCAAGGACCCAGACAUUCAGCUUACCUUACAGUUAUACGUGUGAACAUCCCUGUAUAGAAAGGUGUGAAUUCUCAAAGAAACUGCUGCUCAAGGGCACUGAGGAAUGAUGCAGCUAAAGCAUAGCAAUGGGGAACCCAGUGAUUUCACAAUGUUGUUUGAUGGAACACUGCAUUUGGAUGUACAGCACAUCUGAACUGUGUCUGAUAUUCGUCUGAGUAUCUACUGCCGCCACUGUCCCAGCUCUUCGUUCUCUGGUAUCAGCAAACUCAGGCAGACUCGGCGAAAGAGAGACAUUUCUGGGUUACUUUGAGGAAAACUUGCCGUGGGGCCUCAGGAUUCUGUAUAUACCAUGUUUCAGUAUCUUCAUGUGAACAAGAACAUUGUCUACAGUAUGAUGGUGGUAAGAUGUAAAUGAUUCCAAACUCUGAUCUGUUCUUGUCCAUGUGUUCCAGAUUCCAGACCACAGCCAAAGGUCUAGUGUUUCUUAAACAUACAAUAACCUAUAGGUGUAGAUCAUGUGAGGAUGCAACUGUACAUUGGAAUCAUUUGGCCAAUAACAAGACGUUUCUUUUAUCAAAACCGUUUUUGUACUUGAAUUCCUUAGGUCAUCUCUGUUGCUUCCUUUUAUAGUUCAUUUAUCCAUCAAACGUUUACCAAAAAACACAGUAGGCCUAUUUUGUUGUUUUUUUACUUCUUUAGAUGCCUUGUGUGUCAAAUUCUUCAACAACAUAUUAAAAGUCUACCAUUGCUUUGUGCAUAAAUAUUAAAUUAAACUAUGGUGUGUUAUGAAAUUAAAUAUCUAUUUAGCAUUGGCUGCUUGAAGUAUCAACAAAAUCAGCUUAUCAUAAGUGAUGAAAUCUGGAUAAUAAUUGCCUCCACAGUGCACAGAUGUCAGAAAUCACAACGAUCACAAUCAACUAGCCUGCUAAUUGGGUUAAGUAAGUAUAGGAAAUCACAUGACCAGAAUGCCAAUGUUUAAUUUGUACAUUCAGACGUGAAAGUAUAUUUAUUUUCUUACCGCCCAAGUAGCAGUAAAAUAAAUGACACCACCUAUACUUUCAAUGCAUUUUUCUGCAAAAGGUGGGUAAACUGUCCAGCCCCCUAAAAAUGUGGGUAAGCUGCAUUGUUUAUCCUCCACUACACCACUGUGGUAAUGUUAAAUAAUGGUUUAAUAGCCUAUAGUUUUAUUGGCAUUUUGUGUAAAUUAUUGUGAUAGACUCAAGUUUUACCGGUAUAGUGUACCCCCAUCAUUUAUUUUGCCGGAACGCUUUAAUGGACCGUACCGGCCUACUUUCACCUGUGUACAUGCAUCUUUUUUAUUGGGUAGCCUACUUGACCAGUUGAAUCCAUAAAACAGUAGCUACAGAACUGCAGCACUCUGGGAAUUCUACCCUAACAGACUGGGGUUUUGAAGUGUUCUGCUCACAUUGUAAAGAAGAAAUUAACUUGACGAAUAAGGACAGUCAAUAAAAAACAGAUUUACUCUGAAGUCUUCCGCUCAACAAAGGAUGCCCAAUGGAGCACGAAGCGGAUUAUAGAAAAUAUUUUUAUAUUACAAAGCACCAGCAACCAAGCAGUCAGCAGGCAGAUGUAAAACUACCAGACACCCUGAAGGGAUCUUCUGAGUGUUGCUCUCUGGCACAUGUUGUCUGGAAUCUCCAUCUGUGCUUGUGGGUCAAACGCAGCAUAUAAACACACAGUGAAAUCACAUCGCACCAGUGGCAGGCAAGGCUAGUGAUAGCAGAAAGCAACAUGCAAGUAAAGGCACUGUAUCCUAACUGUAUUCUGAAAUGUGUUCUAAAGUGUAUUCCAAUCUGAACAACUAUUGAUGAACUGCUAGUGGGCAUACAGUACCAGUGUAAGCACACAGCCU